UACUUCGAAAGUUAGUAGAGAUACAAAGCGCCAGUUGGAUUGAUUUUACUUGAUCUUAUUUUUGUAAACAAAUUUCUCACGUGUCGAGCAACACAUUACAUUCUAAAUCAAAGAUAUAUUCUACCUGCUAGAUCUACUCUAAACCAGAUUUCAGUUUUCACUCCUCACAAUGUUGAGAAGAAGGCAAUUCCUGCAAUCGCAAGUAGAACACAACCAGUUAACCUCAGAGACUCCCAUUCAACCUUUAGGGGAUAUUGAUUACAAGGAUGCAAGGGAAGUUCUACUAGAAGAGGAGGUUCUUGGUGAUGGGGAUAAUGUCAUUGAAGCUUUGCCUUCUUCUGAAGAAAAGGAUAAAAAAAGAAAACGUAGGAAAAGAAAGUUAAGUCAAGGAGAGGAGGUAAAGAAAUGGGAAGACUCUGAUGAUGAGCAAGUUGUUGAAUUUGAGACAGCAAAACCUAAUUGGGCUGAGAAAUUUGAAGAUGAAAAGUCUGAUGACAGUGAUGAAGAAAUACUGAAGGCUCACAGUCAUCGUAAUCUGGAAGCUUCUGUGACCCUCCCCUCCAGUGCUUUAGAAUUCAAGCGAGUGACAGACGGCAAUAAGGAAGAUCCUAGCAAGGCUAGUUUAAGAAGUGUUGAGUUCCACCCAAGUGCCACAGUUUUACUUACAGGUGGACCAGACCAAACAGUUCGUCUUUUUGCAGUUGACGGCAACAAGAACAGAAAGAUACACAGCAUGUUCAUAGAGAAGAACCCCGUGUUUUGUACACACUUCAGUCGAGGGGGCAGCGAGAUAAUCAUAGGGUCCAAGCGCAAGAGUUUUCUGGUGUUUGAUAUGGAGGGCAACAGUGGGGUCACAUACAGGCCAAAAAUCAAAGGUCUAGAAGUCAAGGGCAUGUCAAAGUUUGUGGUGUCACCAGAUGGCAGAUUUAUUGCUUUCCUUGGAAAAUUUGGAUACAUUCACCUUUUUUCUCAAACAAGUAAAGAAUUAAUAGAUUCAGUGAAAAUGAAUGAAGAAGUGUCUAGUGUAUGUUUUUCAAGCAAUGGGAAAUACAUGUAUUCAUUUGGAAGUGAAGGCAGGGUGUACGUGUGGGACAUGGACACCAGGGACUGUGUCCACCACUUCAGUGACGAGGGCUGCAUCAACGGGGUCACAGUGGCAGCGUCACCUGACAACAACUACCUGGUGUGUGGGUCUAAGAGUGGUAUAGUGACAAUUUACGACAGAGAAACGGCCAUGUCCACCAGACACCCCAAACCUCUGAAGCACAUAAAGAACUUGACCACCAAGUGCACUGGUGCCCUUUUCAACCCACAGUCAGAGUUACUGGCCUUGAGGUCAAAGGACACAGAGAAAGCCAUAAGGCUGGUCCACUUCCCAUCAUUAACUGUGCUUCCCAACUUCCCCGAGCAGUUUGAUAAUGAUAUCCACACUCUGCUCUCCAUGGAUUUUUCUCCAUCCAGCGGAUACUUGGCUUUAGGGAACAAUAAAGGACGCUGUUUGUUAUACAGAUUGCAACAUUACACAAAAUACUAAUGUCAAGGACAAAAUAAUCUGAAGGGUGGGAGAAAAUGACUCAGCUCUCAAGGAUUAUCUCAACAAUGUUGAGGGUGUGUAAAUAAAAAGCUUGAGUGAUUUAUAA